AUGGAGUCAGUACAAGCUCAAGCCAAGAAGCCAAAGGUCCGCACUGGAUGUGUCACUGCAAAGCCGAGCUGCACUCGCUGCAACUCGGGCGGCCGUAUCUGUGAGGGGUACAGUAUUCCAGAGAGAAAGAAGCAUGUUUUCAAGAAGAAGGCCAAUAUUAGGUUUUGGGGGGAUGCCGAAAAUGUAGCUCCUGCAGCUUUGAGACUCUUGCGACCUGUGGAUGCAGGCGUUCACGGCACUCAUGAUGAGCGCCUGUUCUUUCAUCGAUUCGAAGUGAGCGUCAAUGGGCUUCUACUUGGGAGUGGAACUCAGCGCUCAGCAUUCUGGACACGCCUCCUACCCCAGAUUGCUCAUUCAAAUGAGGCUGUCAAGCAUGCAUUAAUGGCCUUGAGCGCAGGGUUCCGGCUGAUGGAUUUUGAGAAAUCGCAAAACGGUCCAGAACACGAGGGGCAAAGGACAUCGGAUCACUUUGUCCUCUUGCAAUACAACAGAUCCAUACAGUUACUCAAGCGGCACACGGAGAAGGUGACAUUUGAAAACCUAGAGAUCAUCUUGAUCUGCUGCUUCGUCUUUGUCUGUCUAGAGACGGCUCGAGGCAACAACGAGGUAAUGCAGAUUCACCUGGCCAGAGGACUGGAUAUCAUCAGAAACCUCGUCUCGACCGACUUUUUUCUCUUUUGCAACAUAGAAGAGAGCGAUGUGAGAGUCCCUCGGUUAGAAAGGGAUGCACGCCGGCAAGGCUUUCGGCCAUCUCGUCUGUCGAGGGGCGAGUGGAAUCAGCUUCUGCGAUAUUUUGGUGAGUAUGAGCUUGGAGCAUACAUAUACAACAAGGACAGUGUGCCCUCGAUUAGCAUGCGGAUACUCGAGCUGGACGAUCUCUUGGUAGCCGAGGUGCCCGAGUUUCGCAGCCAGGAAGAUGUUUCUGCUGCCUACACGAACUGGACCUUCAACGUUUUUGCACUGCUGCAUGAAACAGAGCCGUACAGAGGCAACGCUGAGUGGUGGUCACAGUCCAGGCAAAGCCAUUUGUACACGAAAGUAUUGUCAUGGGGACGACAGCUCCAGCAGCGAGUAGAAGAGUUCAUGGGUGGCCCACAAGGACCCAAGUCUGACGGGUCCAUUGAGUACUGCAAGCUCUUGAUAGACAGAGCGCAGGGGCGUUCGUUGUUGCCAGCCGUGGAGUGGAUGCCCUUCCGGUACACACGAGGACAGGUCUUUGAGGGCUACGAGGCGUUGCAAAGACAAACCGUGGAAGACUGGGAAGAAAUCAUCAGACACUUUGGCAGUCCUGAUCGCGUUCCUGACUUGUUUCUGGGAGUGACGGGGAUCCGAGCCAUGAUGCAUUGCUCCAUGUUUCAUGCCUGCGAUCCCGAUACCAGGCGAAGAUCCAGAGAGGUGGUCAGCUUCUUCAAGGGCAAGCAGAUGCAAAUGUUCCACGCGGCGACGAUGCUGCAGUUGUUUGAUGACAAUGGGGUGGGUGAAGACGAUUGGUUACUGCCAGGACAGGAGCUGUUCGAGUCUGGGGGAUCCUGUUGGUUGAUUGAGGACGAGAAUCGUGUCCCAGAUCCGGCAGAGUCUGGGUACCCUGGGGCAGGGCACAACUGGGUUUAUGAGUCCCAUUUCAUCUAG